UAAUAAUCUGUGGUAGUUCUCCGCCAUACAGAUACAGACGUUUUGCAAUUUUCAUUGUUUUUUUAGUACUUAUAAAAAAUAGAAUUUUUAUCAAAAUUAUAAUUAUAUGGAAAUAAACUUUAAAUUUAUAAUAACAAUUAGUUAUUAAACAAAUGUAUAUUGUUAAAAUAUGGGUAAAAAUAAAAUGAUUGCGAAAAGCUGUCCGAAAUGUGAACUUCAGGUUGCAGUGGCUUCAAAAUCCUGCAAAUGCGGCCACACAUUUUUCGCGGCUCGAAGAACCAUGGAGUGUCUACCCGCCUCCGAGGACAUACGUAGAAGAACGGGCCGCGUGAGACGCUCUCAGCCGCAGUUCUAUGACGCUCAGCAUUAUCAAAAGCAAAUCAAGAAAAGGUCUCCCAAGAAACGGACGCUCGACGAUGAUUUCAAGGCAAAAGCGAAGGGCGAGAGUGCGACGGCCCGCGCCCGCCGCCGCCGCGCGCUGCGCCGCGCCCAGCGCUCGCCGCCGGCCGCCGGCGCCGCUGCUGCGGCCGGCGACCGCGCCCGCGACCCCACGCCGCAGCUGCGGCCCGCGCAGCUGGCGCGCUGCCACCUCAUCCUGCAGGAGAUCAACAGGAAAAUGCGCGCCGUCACCUGGCAGCCGCCCGCCGACGGCUGAACACCAACACAACACCAGCGACGUCACAGUGCGGUACACUAUCCACUGGACAGGGAUAGGUAAUAUCUCAUAUAUAUAUAUAUAUUGAGUUGCCCUAGAUAUUGGUGACCACCCGUUGCAAUAUCGCUCGUACCAGUCGAACAUCUAAUAUAGUAAAUUACAAGCGGAUCCUUUUCAAUACUAUAUUAUUGGGUAACCGAUAUGUAAUAUAUCUGUUAUUGGAUCAAUAAAUAUAUAAAUAUUGCAAUAUAUUACCCGCUCUUAAUAUCCAGGGUACGGAAGCGUAAUAUGAUAGUCCUCUGUAAUGGCGACACAUGAGGAGUCACAGUGUACUCUGUGACGCCCACAGUGCUGUUCAUGUCUAUAGGCGACGGUUUUUUUUUUUAUAUGUGAUAAUGGAAUGAUAACCCCACCCGCGCUAUCGGUAUACACCGGCGGGGCACCAGUGAAGGAUGAUAGGUGAGGAUGAAGCAGGUCAGUUAGCCCAUUGUGUCGAAUAUAACGAGAAUUGUUCACGAUGGUUUCCAGUGGGAACCACGCGGAGGUUGACCUGAUAGGGCAUAUUGAUAGCAAUGAGGCUGUCAUACUCCAUUGCUAACAAUCCCUUCCCCCCAUAUAGGCGACGGUUAUCGCACCAUCAGGCGAGCCGUCAGCUUGUUUACCACUCUAAGUGUCGUAAAAAGUCCAUUUAAAUGAUUUACCAAAAAUAGUUUACGAGAUCCUUUAAUUUUUUUUUUUUGUUUGUCAUUCCACUGCUGGGUUUAGAAUGUUAGAUAGAUAGAUAGAUAAUUUAUUUGCAUUAUUUGUAGUACACAAAUAACAUACAUAGAUACAUAUAAAAAGAGAUACAAGAAUACAUCUACUCAAGAGAAACUGCAGGAUGUUUUUUUUUUUUUAUACAGGCAAACACUAAUUACAUUAGUGUUGCCAUUUAACUACAAUCGUAAAACUAGAGGCUGGAACGCGAAAUAUUUAUAAUUAAUAAUAGAUUAUUAUAAAAACAAGACACCAGAGGGAGACUUUGUACAAAAAUCGUUUGCUUGGCCACCUCUGUCCCAUUCGUAAUUCAACCGUAAAGCAGUUGUGUUUGCAUGGCUGUGUUUCGGUUUGAGGGGUGGGAUAUGGCAGUGAAUUUACAGGGUACAAAGGAAUAAUACCUGAGUCCUCAGGAAUGGCAACGCAUGGGGGGUAUCAUGGGCGAAACAGUAUACUCUGUUAUGUCCACGGUACUGCUCAUGUCUAUAGGCGACGGUUACCACUUUCUAUCUGGUGGGCCGUCAGCUUGUUUGCCAUUCUAAGUUGUAUAAAAAAAGUGUGAAACUGAGUUUGUUAUUUUGUAUCGUUUUAACGGCUUUACCAAUCACUGAAAUUUGGUGUACACAGAAUAUAUGAGAUGGAAAAUGAUGUAGCUUUAUAUUAUAUAGAUGGAGCAUCGAAUCUCAAAAACGGGUCAACUUUUUGUCAAAUUAGCUGACUUGAUUCGUUUUUUUACCAGUGUUCUGUAUAUUUACGCAUACAAUGUAUCUGGACGUAUUAUUUAAUAAAUAAAAUGUUCACUCAGUAAAAAGAGACAAAAAAUAUAAGACAAAAUAGGUAUAGGAAUUAUAAAGGAAUCAUUCAUAAAUAUUUAUCACGUAAAAUUGUAUGAAAAAGUUGACCUGCUUUUUUCGAAGCACUUGUAUGGAGACACUCUAUCUAAAUAGUCUAAGGAUACCAUAGUCUACUUUAUAUCCGAGUCAUGUCAUGUCAUGUAAAAAAAAAAUGGUUCCCGCCAAUUUUUUUUGACAGAUAACGACUGAUAAAGUGAUAUGUAUGAUGAUUGACAGUCCACGACUCUUUAACUCUUCUUUGCACAAUUGUUUUAUUGGUGAAAUAAAUCAAGGUGAUAUAAUUCAUGUUCAAAAUUAACCCUUAAAAGCCUGAUUUUUUUAAAUGAAAUUAAAAAAUAUUAUAAGUGUACCCUUUACUGUGUUUACUAAUGGGGGAAAAUAGUAAAAAAAAAAUCAAAACGAUAUUUUUAUAUAUUUAUUUUGAAAAAAAAAAAAUUGGUAACAUGUAAACAGCCAAAUAUUAAAAUAAAAUCGAUUGUAGGCGCCCAAUACGAUUUAUAACCCCCGUGUCAAAUUUGAAACUUCAAGUAUUUAAGGGUUAAAAGAAAAAUGGUUAAAAAAAUAAAUUUGACAGCUAUGUUUUUUUUUUCUGCGAUAGACAUUAAAAAGGUGUCCAGACACGAUCAACUUAAAGUGUACUUGUUCUUUUAUAUAAUUUUUGGACGUUCAAUGUUAUGAUGGAAAUUUCCACCAUUAUGUAAAGAGGGGUUAAUUCGAUGUAUAUAUAGAUAAGCACUGAUUUGUUAAGAUUUUUUUUUAUAUAUA